AUGAGGGGCUCCACGGCCGCCCUCAUGGCGGCGGCGCUGCUAAUGCUGCUGGUGUCUCCGGAGGCCCCGGACGCGUACGAGCAGGAGACCCGCCGGAUGUUCGUGGAGUGGAAGGCCAAGUACAGGAAGACCUAUAAAUACGCCGGCGAAGAGGAGUGCCGGUACGCGGUGGUCAAGGACGCCCGCCGCCGCGUCGCCCGGGCCAACGCCGCCGGGGUGACCACAUCCGGCCUCAGCGGCCACGCCGUUGAGGAGAUCCCCGUUGGGUACGGGGGCGAGCCCCGGAUGGACGAGCGAUCGUACGAGGAGGAGACCCGCCGGAAAUUCGUGGGGUGGAAGGCCAAGUAUGGGGAGACCUACAGAGACGUCGGCGAGGAGGAGUGCCGGUACCAUUUGUUCAAGGCCAAUCGCCGCGUCGUCGUCCAGCUCAACGCCGCAGCCGACGGGGAAACGGCAUACGGCCUCAACCAAUUCGGCGACCUCACCAACGAGGAGGUCCGCGAAUCAUGCGUCGGGCGCGGCGGGGAGACGGCGAGUAAAUCAGCGUUAGUUGAAGCUAUAUGGUAUGCGUAG